GUGUCACUCUAAUUAGAAUACAAUGUAGUUUUAUCGGUAGGUGGUUACUGACAUAAGACGGUGGUUAAGAAUAUAAAGGGUAGUAACUUCCAUAGUUAACACGUGCUUUAAUCCAACCUGCCAUUGGCUCUGUGUAAUGGGCGCAGCCAUCUUACAUUGUGCUUACUCGAUGGACCUAUCGCCCAGUAAAAAGCCGAAGUUGGAAAUGUCAAAAAUGUCUGCAGUUAUUAGAAAGAUAAUAUCGACGACCAAGGCACCUGGAGCAGUUGGUCCAUACAGCCAAGCAGUGCUUGCAGAUAGGACAUUGUACAUAUCAGGACAAAUCGGGCUGGAUGUGACUACUGGAAGCAUCGUCUCUGGUGGUGUGGUCGCAGAGGCAGAACAGGCACUGAAAAAUAUGGGAAUCAUUCUGGAAGAAGCUGGGAGCUCUUAUGAUAAAGUUGUAAAAACUACAGUUCUUUUGGAUGAUAUGAGUAACUACGGUGCUGUUAAUGAAGUGUAUGUGAAAUUUUUUAAAUCCAAGCUGCCAGCACGAGCAGCAUAUGCAGCAGCUGCAUUGCCAAAGGGAGCCAAAGUGGAAAUAGAAGCCAUCGCAAUUGCUGGAGAGGUGAAGGAUGAAUAACUUGGAUCCUGUUAGGGGCCACAGGGACUUCUGAAGGGGCCAGUCAAGAUGGAUGUGAUUAUGUUGCAUCAAGCUUUUAUCAUUAUUGUGAUAUAAGAUAAUUUUACACAUUUUGAAAUCAUUGUGAAUACUUUAACUUAACUUAAACUUCAUUUGCCAUAUGUGUUAAGUAUUAUUUCAUAAAAAAUAGAUGUAUAUUUUUACAUGAAAAAUUAUGUAUUUUUAAAAAAAAAUAAUUAUACAAUAUAUUAAAAUUUAUUAUAAAAGUUAUUCGAGACCUUAUCAAAAAAGAAUAUCUAUAUUUCAAUUCUUGGCUUUCCUCUUAUUAUCAAUAUGUUUAAAAAAGUAUAUGCAAUAAUAUUUAAAAUUUUAUGACAACAGUACAUAUUGAAUAUUUUAUAAUAGUUGUUCCCCUUACAUCACAUAAAAUUGUGGAAUAAAAGGCAUCUGUUCGUAA